AUGAGUUUCUCCGUGAAGAAGACCGGCGGCAGAAUGUGGCACGAGGCACGCAAGCAAGAAAAGAAGAUCCGCGGCAUGCUGGUCGAUUAUCGUCGCAGAGCGGAACGUAGACGGGAUUACUACGAGAAGAUCAAAUCGGAUCCUACUCAAUUUCUUCAGUUACACGGUAGACCAUGUAAGAUACAUUUGGAUCCGGCAAUAGCUGCCGCGGGUGACAGUCCUGCAAAUAUGAUGCCUUGGCAAGGUAAUGAGGACAAUCUUAUAGAUCGUUUUGACGUACGAGCGCAUCUGGACUGGAUACCUGAGCCAGUAGAUACUAUAGAUGUCGAUAUUGCUCUGACAAGCGAAGAUAGACAUAUCAACUAUGAACGUUAUCGUAUAAUUGUACAAAAUGAAUUCCUAGGUGUUACUGAGGAAAAAUUUCUUCAUCAAAUACAUUUGGAAGAACAGUUUGGCUCUUCGACAAAGUUAGAUGCUGCGAAAGAUAAAAAGAAGUCUUCUAAUAAUGCUGCCAUCGGAUAUAAUUAUGAAACUGAAGAGCCAAUUCCAGAACCAGUUAAAACUGUAGAUCCAGUUGUAUCGGAAGAAAAGGGUGACGAUGAAGAUAGCGAUAUAGAUUUAGAUAUAUGCGUGGAUGUAUCUCAAAUAGAACCAUCUCAAGCACAUGAAAUGAACUUAGUAGCUCAAAAAUAUGGACUUUUAGGUGCUGAUUACUUUAGCUUUUUAACACAGGAUUUCGAAGAAGCUGAAACUUUACGACAGGCUCGUAAACAAGAAGAAGAGAAAGCUAUGUAUUCGGGUCGACGAUCACGUAGAGAGAGGCGUGCAUUCAGGGAAAAGAAAAUGAUAGGUCGUGUAAUGAGUCCACCUAGUUAUGCGGCUAGAGAAAGUCCGGAGUAUAAUCCUUAUAGAAAAUCUUCUUCCAAAUCACGAUCACGGUCUACGUCACCUGUAAAUACCGGACAGAUUACUUAUAUCACCAGUUUUGGCGGGGAAGAAGAGACUCAUGGUAGUACUUCACAUGUAUCCUCAUCGAAUUCCAAAAAGGUCAAUUAUUCGUAUCUCAGACGGCGGAGAUCGGAUAGUCCUGCUUUCAAUGACAGAACUAUCAGUAGGAAAAUAUCCAAGUCUAGGUCGAGAAGUUGUUCACGUUCCGUUAGUAGGACUAAGUCGUAUAGGACACACGAUAGAAAACGAAGUGGAUCUAGAAUGAGAUCUAGAUGGACACGCUCGAGACUUCGAAAAUAUACAAGAUCUCGUACAAGAAGUCGCUCCAGACGAUCACGAACGCGAAGUAAAUCACGAUCGCGCUGUAGAAGUAUCAGCAGAUCUCGAUCGCGUUCGGUUUCUCGAUCGAGGACAAGAUCUAGAUCUCGUUCACGUUUGAAGAGAUCGAGAAGUUCGUCCUCGAGCAGUGUUUCGAAAUCAAGAUCGAGAUCAAAAUCGCGUAACAGGAGCCAUUCUAGAGAUAGCUAUCGGAAAAUACGCUAUUCGCCGUCAAAGUCAAGAUCCAAAUCUCGCUCAAGAUCGAAAUCUCCAUCAAGAUCCAGAUCGAGAUCGAGAAGUCAAUCUAGCUGUAAACGAUCGCGAAGCGAUGAUAAUAAGACGCCAGCACUGCCGAGGUAUUAUGGCCGACGUGGAAAAUCAUCAAGUCUUGAACUAGAGCUGUCUGAUAACGAAGAAAAAUCCAAUUCAGCAGCACCGAAGACACCGAUAAAUACAAACGUGAACAAGCCAAAAGCAGGGUUAAGUACAAAUUCUGGUGGCGGACACAAAUCAUUGAAAAUUACACCUCAGGAGCGGCUUAAGAAAAAAAUGCAAGCCCUGUUAAACAGGCAAUAUAAAGCUGAUAAGAAGGCUGAGCAACUGAGAAUCGAGAAGAUGGAGCAACAGAGACAAGAUCGGGAAGAUGAGAUACGAGAGAUGUCUUUGAAGCUCCGUAGAAAACAACGAGAACGAAGACAUCGUUGUGAAGGUCAUAGUUCCGACACGCGGUCUUCUGUAUCUCGUACACCAAGUCCGAGUCGUAGUCCAAGACAUCAUACUGUACGUCGCGAGAGGCGAGACAUGGACGGCGAUCGCGAGCGAGAUAGGGACAGGGAGAGAGAUCGGCGCGAUGAUCGCGAUCGGGGUAGAACCGAAUCACGUAGAAGAUACAGAAAUUCACCCAUUCGUUCACUGAGUCCGAGGAACAAUCGAGGCCUAGUCGACUAUUGACUUGAGGACACACAGUUUAAUCUUCCUCAAAUGAUUUUGAAACCGGCGUUUCGAGUACUUCCUGUUCAAUUGCAUUCCUCUUUUAAAUCGCUCUAAAUGUCCGAAAGAGUUGCAUAAACGAGGAUAAGAUACAUGGACCUGCCGCAAGAUUGUUCUAAACAUGCGUCACAUGGAUUAUAUACAGCGCGGCUUAAUCCGCCUUACGAUAUAAUCAAAUAAAUGGAAGUAUUUGUAUAUUACUACUGUUCGCGUCAAUCAACUUGCGAUGCAUAUAUGAAAAACUAGAAGAAUCACGUUGAGAAUAGUUAACGUCACAAAAGAUCGUCUAUCACUUUGUUUCAUAUGCAAAGCCGAAAGAUGGAAACGUGAUACUGUUGUAUUCUAGAAUUGAGUGCACUUCGCUAUGUAUCUUAUUGUUAUGUAAUUAUUCAAUAAUAAAGCUGAUCAUUUCACAAGGGGCAA